ACCAAAACUUUCGAGGUGCAACACGCCAGACAGAUGUCUACGAAAGAAGACAGGAGACGCGUUGGCCUCUACCCGGAUAACAGAGUUGCCCCUCUCCUGAAGACAGUGGGGGGGAGAUCGACGGCAAGGAAUGCGACUCAAAAAGCCACCACCACUUCAGCACGAGCAGCCACCGCCGGCAGCGAUUCGAAAAGGCGAAAGACACUGCAACCAGUCGAUGAUUCAGAUUCCGACGACUCGAACAAUGGAGAUAUACGAUCCCAAUUCGAUCGGGGAAGGCACAAAUCCGAAAACAGUACGCUGAACACCAGAACUGAGGCCGAACCGGCGUAUAUCCCAGGGUCAUACAAGGGAACCGCUUUCCGGGGAACCACAAGGAAGAUUGGACAAGCCCGUGGCUCUAGGGAAGGGCCAGAAACGCAACGCCCAAAGAAGAGCAGCUCCAAACCGACGCCAGAGUUGAAGCCUAAAUUCAAAACGUACGCGCCGAUCGCCGCAAACCCUCCCCCGAAAAAGCCCGCAUUCAACGAUUAUGGAGCUGGAAAGAAGCCAACUCCUCCAUCGCCAGUGCAGAAGCCCACCUUUAAAACGUAUGCACCGAGCACCGCCAUCGAGAGCCUCCCAAAGCCAGCAUUCAAAGACUACGGCCUUCGUGUGAAGCCAGGGAAGCCAGAGAAACCAAGGAAGCCAGAAAAGCCACAGAAGCCUAAGAAGCCAGAGAAGCCAGAGAAGCCAGUCUUCAAUACCUACGGAGGAGCUUUGAAACCCCAUUCCCGUGAUUCCGACUCCGACGAACAAAUAUUUUUAUCCUCCCAACUCCGCGAUUUACUAGACGCCGACGAAGUAACGCCACCACCCACACACAACCCUGACGAGACAAAAUGCCCCAUGUGCGGCACCUACGUCCCGCUCUCCCUUCUCCUCGACUUCGCCGCCAGUUUUCCCUCCGUAGACCCCUUUGCCAUGCGCAUCCAAGUCCAAUCCCGCUUCUGCAGCCAUCACCGCCGACACACUGCAGCCUCUUCGGCCAACUACCCACCUAUUGCUUGGACCGAACUUCCCUCGCGCGUUCGUGCCCACCUCCCAUCCAUCCGCGUCUUCCUCGACAACCCAGAUUCAACCCCAUCACAUUACAGAGACCUCCUUGCAGAGGAUAUUGCGACCGGUCGCAACCGCACGCUCAUGCAGAGCAUCAUGUCGGGCGCGGGUGGGAGGGUACGAGUGCCCGGGUAUUAUGGCCCUCGUGGUGCCCGGGUGAUACAAGAGGAGAUCCUUGACGUCUUAUCCGGCGAACUGAGGGAAGCGGCCGUACGAGAUGUAGUCGUCAGUGCGAGAGGAGUGGGAGUGUAUGUUACUUCUGUGCUGGUUUUGGAGAUUGGACUUUUACUUGUAAUGGAUGAUUUGGGGGUGGGAAAGGAAGAUGCAAGAGGGGUUAUUGAAAAGAGUGCGGCAUGGGGGACGCUCGUCAACGAGGAGCUUGACGAGGAGGUGCCGGAGGAUGCAGAAGAGAGUGAUGAGUUUGAAAUGUAACCAUAUGACUAGAUGAUAUCAUAGAAUUAGAGCUUCUGCGGAGCUUUUGCUUGGCAAAUAUAGCAGUGCUCGCUGUCAG